UCCGUAGGCGAGACACUCCGCAGUAUAAAACCUUGAGGGGCUAGCGGAGGAUCAUGCGCCAGAUCUCUGUGGAAAGACACGGAUGAGGGAUUUAGUCGAGCUAGUUUUAAGAAAAUCACCUUUCUGACGAGAAGAGGGGAUAUUUGGAAACGGAACGGAGGAUAAAUAAGGCUACGUAAAAGCGCGAGGACUGCACCCGGCGGAGGAGGCACGGAAGAGGAUGCAGUGAGCGGAGACGAGCGCUGACACUGAUUAUAUAAACACUACGGGAAAGCAGAAUAAUUAGUACUGUUUCACCGUGGGAACCAAUUAAAUCACAACUAUAAACAAUCACAAUGGGCUGUAACGACGCCUAAACCAGUAAACAGGUUGUGAAUUGGUCCCUGAACCCAGUCAGUCUCACACACACACACACACACACACACACACACACACACACACACACACACACACACACACAGAAGGGGAGAAUUCUUCAGAUGAACACAGCUCCUGAUGGCCUGCAUCCAUGACACCCGCGCUCCAUCGCCCUCCCUGUCCGGCUUCAGCACCCCCAUCUCGGAGCCCCCUUUCCGACGGCUGGAUGCCGAGACCCCCGCCUGCACCCCGGAGACCGACCUCACGCCCACCCAGUGCGUCCUGCGCAACGUGCUCUCCAUCGACACCGGCGCCGCCCCAGAGCCUGGUGGGGGUGGUGGGGGCGGGGGUGGCGGUACUGGACACAGCCCCACGCCCAGCGACGAGCCGCCGGAGCACUUUGCCAACAGCGUGCUGAAGCUCCACGACCACGAUCACGGUUGCCCCGGCGGGGCGGGAGCGGAGGGUCAGCGGUGCGGCCAUGUCGACGACAUCCGGCUCCAGUGCCAGUCCGGUGGCGGAGGAGGCUUUCUGGAGGGACUGUUUGGAUGCCUGAAGCCUGUUUGGACUAUGAUUGGCAAAGCCUACUCCACGGAGCAUAAACACAAUUACGAAGAGGUCUGGGAGGUUCCGUUCGAGGAGAUCUCGGACCUGCAGUGGGUGGGGAGUGGGGCCCAAGGUGCCGUCUUCCUGGGGAAGUUCCACGGAGAGGAGGUUGCCGUGAAGAAAGUGAGGGACAUCAAGGAGACUGACAUCAAGCACCUGCGCAAACUCAAACACCCCAACAUCAUUACCUUCAAGGGCAUCUGCACUCAAGCUCCAUGCUACUGCAUCAUCAUGGAGUACUGCGCCCAGGGGCAACUGUACGAGGUGCUGCGGGCGGGCCGGAAGAUCACCCCCUCCCUGCUGGUGGACUGGGCCAUGGGCAUCGCUGGGGGCAUGAACUACCUGCACCUCCACAAGAUCAUCCACAGAGACCUCAAGUCACCCAAUAUGCUGAUCACAUAUGACGACCUAGUGAAGAUAUCAGACUUUGGAACCUCGAAGGAGCUGAGUGACAAGAGUACCAAGAUGUCUUUCGCUGGUACGGUGGCCUGGAUGGCACCAGAGGUCAUACGAAAUGAGCCAGUCUCGGAGAAAGUAGAUAUUUGGUCAUUUGGCGUGGUUCUGUGGGAGAUGCUGACAGGAGAGGUUCCAUAUAAAGACGUGGACUCCUCUGCCAUCAUCUGGGGAGUGGGAAACAACAGCCUGCAACUGCCCGUCCCUGAGAGCUGCCCAGACGGCUUUAAGAUUCUCCUCAAACAGUGCUGGAACUGCAAACCACGAAACAGACCUUCCUUCCGGCAAAUUCUGCUCCAUUUGGAUAUAGCCUCAGCCGACGUCUUGUCCACUCCACAGGAGACAUACUUUAAAUCACAGGCGGAGUGGAGAGAGGAGGUGAAGCAGCACUUUGAGAAGAUCAAGUCGGAGGGGACAUGCCUGCACCGAUUGGACGAGGAGCUCAUCAUCCGCCGCCGAGAAGAGCUCAGGCACGCCCUGGACAUCCGCGAGCACUACGAGCGGAAGCUCGAGAGAGCCAACAACCUGUACAUGGAGCUGAGCGCUGUCAUGCUACAGCUGGAGCUCAAAGAGAAGGAACUCCUCAGGAGGGAGCAGUCGUUGGAUAAGAAGUACCCGGGUCUCUUCAAGCACCACAGCUCCAGACAGAGCGGCUCCUCCAACUCCAUGGAGAAGCUCAUUAAGAAGCGCAACGUGCCUCAGAAGCUGCCCUCCCACAGCAAGAGGCCAGACCUGCUGAAGUCCGAGGUGAUCCUGCCCAAGCUGGACUCGUCCAUGACGCAGGUCACCAUCCCCUCCUGCCCCAACAAAGGCUCCACCUCGCCCGGCCGCUCCCGCCGUGGGAAGCCCCGCUACCGGAAGGCAGGCAAGGGCAGCAGUGGCGACCUGGCGGGCCUGAAGGCCACACUGUCCACAUCCCUCCGCGACACCUUCAACACGGCCUCCACCGGCGUCGGAGGUGGUGGUGGUGGAGGAGGAGGAGGAGGAGGAGGAGGCAACAACACCAGCUCCCAGAUCAGCAGCAAGCAGCACCUGGACCCCAGCGCGGCCCUGCGUGGGCUGCAGCACGACCUCCUGCUCAAGAAGAUGUCCUCGUCCAGCCCUGACCUCAUCUCCACCACCCUGGAGGCCGAGGGCAGGGGGCGGCGCGAGGAGGGAGGGGCGCUCCCCGAGCUGGACAGGGGCGGCAUGAGCGCCUCGGGCGGCGUUGGCGACGGGGCUGACCCCGGCGUGGGCACGGACGACCUGACGGAGACGCCGCCGCGGAGCGACACGCCCAGCGAGGACGCCAACUCCAUCCCGUUCUCCAGCAGCCCGGACUCGCCGUGCGGGAGGGGUGCGGCGGCCGGGCGGGGCUCGGGCCUGGGAUCGCCACGGUUACAGGACGGGGAGGAGAAGGAGGAGGCCACCGGCAUGAUCCGCUCACCCCGCGGAGGCACGGCACACCUCACGCCAGCCGCCAUACUGUACAGGGCUGCAGUCACACGCAAGCAGAGACGAGGAGUGUCCUCAGAAGAGGAGGAGGGGGAGGUAGAUAGUGAAGUGGAGUUGCCACGGAGACGGCGGCCGGUGAGCAUGACAAAGUGUCAGUCCGUGUCGACCUUCAGCUCAGAGAACCUGUCAGUGUCUGACGGCGAGGAGGGCAACACCAGUGACCACUCGCACAGCGGCACGCCCGACGUUGUCAGCACCAACACGGACGAAAGGCUGGACGACAAAAGUGACGACCUGCUCUCCCAAGGCUCGGAGAUCCCCGCCGAUCCCGCUGACCCCUCCGACCCUGCAGACGCCGUCGACCCUGGCCAGGGCUCAGAUGGGCUGUCCGAGAAGGAGGCCGCCAUCAGGCACGUCCGAACGCAGCUCAACUGCUACGAGAACCAGGCCCUUUAUGACGACUCGGACUGCGACAGCGCUGAGUUGGACCACUCAGGCAGUGCCGAGCCCAGCAGCAGCAGACCGCCCAGCAACUGGGAGGAGCCACAGGCCUGAGCCGCCCUGGACAUAACGCAGGAUGGGGGUAUGGAGAUGGACACGCUCCUGUAAAGCCCCAGACCUCCUCACAACACACACACACACACACACACACACGGUGGAGAUCUCCUUACACAUAAACAUAAACACACACAGGAUGGGGAGAGACUGACACAUUUCUGUAAAGGCACAGACCUCCUCCACCCCCCCACACACACACACACACACCCCAGCUGUGCAAAAACACUUCCCCCCCCACCCACCUCAACUCUCCCUGUGUUAUCUUACCUCCUUGCUCCGAGAGACUCUGGGAAUCCACUUCGGGAGAAAACAUAACUUAGAGGGUUUCCGUUUUCACAACUCUCCCUCCUUGUUUUCCCCAUUGUUUUAAAAACAUCCCAUACUUCAGGUUAUACCUCAUAUUUCCAUUCUCAGUUACACACACACUGUUAAAGAGCUCUUUAACUUACUUGUACAUAUUUAUUCUCAAGUGGUCCUCUGUGCCCAUUACUCCGUUGGUCUAGCUUUAUUUCCGUUGGUCUCUUUUUUUCCUUUUUUUAAAAUCUGUUACUUGCCAGUGACUUAUUUUUACAUUUUGCACUUAAUUUAAGAGAGAUGUGAUGGUAACCAAGAUCAAAUGUUUAGCUUGAAUUAAUCAAAUCAUGUUUACAUUUUUUACUUUUAUUUAUUUUUGUGUUUUUUUCUUGUUUACUUGUUUUGUAUCAGGGACUGCGUUGUCAUCGUUUUUUCUACAUUUGGCAUGUUAAGUUAUUGACUAUGUAAAUAUUUUACCUCUUGCCAUUGUACAAAGUACACAUUUUAAAGAGUUAUAAGCUGAUACUGUACAAUAUGGUGCUGACAGUUUCACCAAGUUUGCGGGGAGGGGGGGCUGUCAUAUUGUGUUGGACACCUCUGUCGUUAACAAGAUUGUGAAAUGAACAACCAGGAAUAAGCAAUAUUUCAGCUCCAAAUCAUUCCUCAUCAGAGAACAAACUAAGUCAGCCCUUCUGGCUGCACAAAUACAUUAAUGACUUGAUGGAUGAUUCAUCCAACAUUGUAGUGUUAAUUAUGACGAUGAAAAAAGAAUUGACAUGCAACUACAUUGCCACCAUUCAUUCUGCGUGUAAAAAAAACUCACCACUAGCAUCUGGGAGUGUACAGAUCAUUUAAAAAAAGCAUGCUUGUACUAUAGUAUGUGUACUCCAGACUGUAUUCUAAGUUGAUUCCAAAAGCACUUAAGGCCACACAUGGGCAAACCACUCAUGAUUGCAGUAGGUAGAUGUGUCAGUGCAGAUCCAUGUAACACUCCACUCCCCAGGAUCAGAGGUGGUGUGAAGCAGGGGGUUUGGGUGGGCUCGGAGACUUGGCACAGUCAGUGGUGCCAUACUGAAUGUUUUUAUGCAGUG